AUGUCGAAGGAUCACGCUCGACCGCGUCAGUCGGUUUCCAACCACGCGCGGCUGCCAAACCCCAAUGUAUAUCCAGCACUGCCCCGCCGUCCUGUUGCCCCUGUGGUCUCUGACUCAUUGCACCAGACAUUUGUCCCGGUAUCAGACGAGGGCGGUGCAUCUGCUGCAGCACCUCCGUCUGCCCUGCACUCAGCCUACUCGACGGAUUCUGUCUUGACAGGGCUGCAGACCCCUUUAUCCGCCAUGUCUUCUCCUGGUGACCACAUCCCUCGAAGCGUCUUCUCGCACCCUGAUUCCCCAUUUCCGGACUACGCCGUCUCUUUUGAACCCUAUCCAUUUCAACAUCUGCAAGGCGACCCCAAGUAUUCUCUUUCUUCUGGUUCAUCACUUCCUCGCUUUGUGGACUCUUCUUCUGUUGCCAUCGACGGUGUAUCCAGUCACCAAACCAUUCCCGGACCAUGGACACAUCUGGCUGCUACUGAGGGACCACCUGCUUUAUUGCCUGAUACAAUGAACCCUAACGAACCUGGAAUGCCUCCUCGGCAUCCUAGGCCACCCAUACAUGAUCUUACGUGCUCUUCUGCUAGUGGACGGAAAUCUUUAGGAGACUCGGGUUACGGAUCCAGGUCAAUCAUGUCCCACCAUGAAGUCGACUCGGUGAUGGGAGAGCAGACAAAGAUGGAUCAACGGAACGUCACCACGACGUCCUUACCUUUCUCCCUUCCAAACUCCUAUUCCCUUUCUCAGUCCUCAGGCGUUACUCCUCGUGCCUUGAACCCGGCCCCUUCAGAAUCAGGACAGUCGGCGACGCACCGACCACCGCAGAGAAGUAGAGACCUGGAAUGUUCGGAAUGUGGCUACCAAGCCAAGACGAGGUCCGAUCUGAAGAAACAUUUUGCCCGCCAUAAACGCGAGCACAAAUGUCCCUUCCCUGACUGUGCUCAGAGCAGUAAAGGGUUUGCUACUAGCAAUGACCUUGACAGGCAUCUUAAAGCCGUGCAUAAAAUCAACAACCGGAAGAGCAGAUCCUACAAGUGCUUUGGCGUUGGUUGUAACAAGGCGGAAAAGGAAUGGCCUCGCUUGGACAACUUCAAGCAGCAUCUCAAAAAGAUGCACGGGGAUCAGAAUCUAGAGUCUCUACUUCGAUUGUCCAACGAAUGGUACCAAGACCAACUUCUACAAGGACAGGCUGACGAGACGGCAUCCCUUCCUGCCUCGAUCCCGUCGCACUCGUCGAAUUUGCUAAUCUCCGGGCACGACCAAUUCUCUGUCUCUGACAGCAACUAUCAGGAUCUGAACACACUCUUCGGCCCCAACAUAGCUCAGAUCACUCAAACGUCUCGCUCACCAAGUUACAAUGGCCAAAUCAUCGACCGAGAUCUUGCCAGGUCCUUUGGCCCGGCUCAGCCCAUGCAACAACACAAUCAGCAUCGGCCCAUAGCCACUGCGGCCAACGCCCGCAGUUUGCAGCAGCAGCGGGCUCUUCCCAAUCUGAACACACAAAAUCUGUCAUCUCCCGUGGCAUCCGUGCAGAGGGCAUGGUCGCAGGCCGACUGCUCUCAAUAUCAGGAUAUGUCACAACUCUCUCCCGACUUCACCAAUCAAAGAGUCAACUUCCAAUUUUCGCCCCGUCCGUCUCGGGAAUCCUAUGCCAUCGCUGCCACUGCGAUGAGAAUGAAUUCCGCAUUCGGCAAUGUACCGCCACGGAAGACGAAAAAGCCACAUACAAUUACCGUCCCUGACCUUGACCCGAACCGAAUGGCCGAUUUUGCCUCACUCCCGAUGGCCCGUGUCCCGCCGGACCUUGGAGGCUCACAGGACGAUCUUCUUGGCUAUGUUGGAAGUAGUACCAACCCGGCCGCCACUGACAACGACUCAGGGCCUUCACCACACCAAGGCUACCAGAUCAAUAUCAUUCAACCCGACAAUACUCCUUCAAAGUCUAAGCUCGCAAAGGCGAUCGAAGAAGAGAUCCGCUCCUUUUUAGAACAACACCAGUCCAACGGGCCCAAUCAAUCACGUUCUGACGAGGAUAUUCUGAACCUCGAGGAAAUCGUGAACCAGUUUCGAUUGUCUUUACACAACAGCGAUGCCAUGACAAGUUAUACUGCCUCUUCCGUCAGGCCGGUCUCUAGGGCUAUUGAUGCUGAACCUCCUGGUGGCAUCCGAUAUCUUCCUUCAAAGCCCGCGCGUUUUCCAUGUGAGUAUCCGGGAUGCAAAAAGGUGAAGCAAAGGCAAAGUGAUUUGAACAAGCACAUGAAACGCCAUUCGAAACCGUAUGGUUGCGUCUUCGACGGGUGCAACAAGACUUUCGGCAGUAAAAACGACUGGAAAAGGCACGAGAAAUCACAGCAUGAGCAACAAGAGUGUUGGGUCUGUGACCUCUGUUUUAAAGUCUUCUUUCACGACCCAUCCAAUUAUAUUCAGCAUCUGCAACAGGCUCAUUCGAUUCUACGGCCGGAAGAGCACGCUCAAAACCGCCGACUAGCAAGCAAUUAUCAAGGCCGGUUUUGGUGUGGUUUCUGCAAGGAAGUCGUUGUUCACCCUAAGACUGAUGUCGACGCUAUCACGUAUCGAUUCGAUCACAUUGCAGAUCACUUCAUGAAAGACCAUAAAUCAAACAAGGACUGGGUUGAGCUCACCGGCGAGGGAAAGACGAAGGAAGCACGGUCUGAGGAGAGGAAGCAGAGCGAAGGCAGCGUAGAAGAAGAAGAUGAUGAUGAUGAAGAAGAUGAUGAUGAUGUCAUGCAUACUCCGCAGGCUCCUUCUGAGACUACUCAGUCUUCGGCUUCACAACACAGCGACUCCUCGCCAGUGCACCAAGCCUUGUCGCCGCACCCAGCCAGCCCUUCCAGCACUCACCAGGGGUCAUCAGGUGUGGGCAACAUGCAUAGCGCGAUGGAAGUGCCUCAGACACAAGAUGUGUCGAUGACAAACCAAAGUCAUGACCAGGGCCAGGGCCAGGGCCAAAACGAGGACUCCCGCUCUCACCGGCGUCACCAUCUACGCCAUGCCACACUGAUCAUCUGCUGCCAAUGCGAUUUACCCAAUGCCUACGGGCUAAGCAACCGCUGUAUGGAUCCUGAAUGUCACCAAAAGUUCUGCGCCAAUUGCACCUUGGCUGCUCCCGAAGUCGUGGUUUGA